GUAGUUCGGCAGAUGAUAUUGAAGUAGCAUCUUUAUUAAAUGAAUCUCCUGUUAGAGAUAAAACAACAGAAGAAGGUGCAAAGAUUUUAGAUGAUGCACCUGAAACCGUUGAAGAUGAAAUCACAGGUGAUGUUCUUGAAAAUAAUGAGUCUUUAGUGCUUGAAAACAAAUCAGAAAAUUUGCCUGCUGAACAGACUAAUGAGGGUGGUAAAAAGUCAACGAUUCAUUUCAUUGGUGUGGUACUUGAGGGCCCUAUCUAAAAUGUUAUUCCGUUAAGGAGUGAACUUUGUGUUGAAGACACAGGGGGUAGCUCAAAAGAAGAUGCUCAUUGUGAUAAAGUUAUACAAACCCCUGCUGUUAUCCAACAAGAAAAUGUAAAAGGGAAAGCACUCUCUUCAUUAAAGACAAGGGGUCAGAGAAAAAAGAGGAAGGUAGUCGAUACCCCUGCACCUGAGUGGGUCCUUUAGUCUGCUUACAAUGAACUACCUCGAGGUAAAUGGAAGGAAAUAAGCGACUGGAAGGAUGACUACAGACUGAUUUGCCCAUUCCAUUAUGCUGCACAAAAAAAAUCAGUGGCCAGGUUUAAUAAGUUCAUAAAUCCAAGAAAGGUUCCAGCCUCAAAAUUUGAUCAUCCGAAGUAAGUUUUUAAUUCUUUGUCUAUUAAAUUGAGGUGCAAAGUUUUUCAAAUUUAGGCUUAACGCGUAAUUAAGGUAUAAAUUUUUGUCUAUUUUCUUUCACUAAACAGGUUUCUUAUGUGUGUUAUUAAUAAUUUCUUUUUUAAUCAGGACAAAGGAUGCAGUAAUCUAUGGUGCUGUAGCGAAUAAACUUGAUGAAAACAUUAAAUUUAAAGAUUUUACACCAAAAUAUAGGAUGUUUUUUUAUGAAAUAUACCAUGGAGUGUAUGCGCUUGAUGAUGAGGUUCGUGAUGGCAUAUUCUUUUUUGUUAUAUGUUCAUUUAUUUUUUCUUCUUUACGCCUGAUUAACUUUGUAUCUUAUGUUUUUUUUUACUUGAUGCAACAUAUUAAUACGAUGAUGUAUUAUUUGGGGAAGAAGAUGAUAUAUCAUCCCACUUCUAAUAAUGCCAUCAAGUACGCAUGCUCGAAUAUAACAUUUGAUAAUAUAUUCAAAUUCGAAAUGGAUGAAUACCUUAAACUGGCAGAUAAAUCUUCUUACUACCCUCUUCAUUCUGAAAGUUGAUUCGCCUUUUUCUUUAAUUAUCAUAUUUAUGGGGUAUUACAAAGGGAGAUAUCGUGGGAGAAUGUUGACAGAGUCUUAAUACCAAUGCGCCCAGGCAAAGAAGAGGUUGGUGGUAUCUUACAUUAUGUUCUUGCAUACAUUAUGUUCUUGCAGUAUUCUUUAUUGAUGAGCACAGAAUCGAAAUUUACAACUCACUUGAUGACAACGAUCAACAGUUGAUUGACCAUAUAGAGUGCUUCUGUACUAUCAUGCCCAACGUGCUGGAGAAUUUUGCUUUUGACCAAUACAGGCGAUCAUAUAAAAAUACCAGCAAACUGACAUAUACUUUCGUUGAAUGUCCAAAGCAAGGAUUAGAUAACAAUUGUGGGUGCUUUGUCAUCAAGUUUGCUGAUAUGCUCAUCAGUGGUGAAGAUCCAAAGAGUUGGGAUCCUUCUGAUGUGAUGGAUUAUAUGAAGAAUUGGUCAAUAAACCUGGUUUGUCAUGCGCUAAACAAGAUAGAGGAUGGUUAUGAGACACCUCCUGAAAAAGCAGGACAUGAUUACCAUGAGUACAAUGACAUGAAGUGUACUUAUGGGAAUAAGAAGAAGAAAAACAUUAACAAGAAACAAAAGAUUUUUUAAUUUUAUGUAGCAAGCUGUAUUCACUUUUUGAAACUCUAAUCACAUUUUUUAUACUAAUUUUUGUGUUUUUUUAUGAAGGCAAGUGUUCUGUUAUUGUGUUUUCCUUUUUACCAGGGGAUGUGUAUUUUUUUGAGUUAUUGCAAACCUCUACAUUUAAGGUAGAGAUUUUCAUUGAAACUCUCCCUUGAGGCAGAGUUUACCUUAUAAGGCAGAGUAUGACUGAUAAGGUAGAGUUUGCAGUUAAACUCUGCCUUCAGGGAGAGUUUUGCUAUCUUCAGGCAGAGUUGAUUUUCAUUGAAACUCUCCCUUGAGGCAGAGUUUACCUUAUAAGGCAGAGUAUGACUGAUAAGGUAGAGUUUGCAGUCAAACUCUGCCUUCAGGGAGAGUUUUGCUAUCUUCAGGCAGAGUUGA